UGCAUUCAUUUAAGUAUGAAUCACAACUCAAUUAUCAAAAGCUGUCUGCAGUAAUAAGUAUAUCAAGCUCGCAAGUGCAAAGGAAAUUGGAGAAAUAACUUCUCGGAGUGUCUUCAUUUCUUCAAAUGCUUUCACUAUGUAUAUAACCUCACUUCAUUCUGUAUUGCUUUCCUUUUGCAUCUUUCCCCUUCUUAUACUGGCUCAAGAUAUCACAGCAUCCCUGGAUUAUGGUACUUUUCAAGGUGCAUACUCAUCUACAUAUAACAUAACAUAUUACCGGAAAAUCCCCUUUGCGGCACCUCCAACGGGAAACAAUAGGUUUAGAGCUCCACAGCCUCCUCUUCCUAUCACAAAUGGCACAUAUAAUACCGUUCAGACUUUUCCAGCUUGUCCACAGAAAGGCGUAAGCACUUCUUAUCAACUCCAUUUUAUCACGUCUCUAGCCGAUUUCCUUCUGACAGCCAUAUCUAGAAUGUCGGCUCCGAAGAUUGUCUUUACUUAUCCCUUUACUCUCGUCCAUGGACAUCUGGGCAACCUUUGCGACCGGUCAUGGUAGUAUUCUUCGGUGGUGGAUUCAUCCAAGGCGGUGGUUCCCUAGCAGUUCCCCCUUCAGCUUACCCCGUCCUCAAUGUUUCUGCACAGAACGAUAUCCUUUUUGUAUAUCCCAAUUACCGCGUCAAUACAUUUGGAUUUCUUCCAGGAAAAGAGAUAGCCGAAGACGAAGAUUCAGACUUGAACCCCGGUUUACUGGAUCAGAAAGCCGUUCUUGAAUGGGUGAACAAAUAUAUUGAUCAAUUUGGCGGGGACAAGGAUAGUGUUGGUAUUUGGGGCCAGAGUGCAGGAGCGGGAAGUGUUGUGUUUGUUACCCUUUUCUACUUGGUCCUCAGAACAAUUCCUGUUCCAGAUCGAUGUAGGCCAUAACUAAUCGUUAUCUACACAGCGCACAAGUCCUCUCCACCUCCGAAGAAACCAGCCCGCCUCUCUUCCACCGCGCUCUUGCCUCCUCGCCUUUCUGGCCCAAAACUUACCACUACGAUGCUCCCCAAGCUCAGUCCAUCUACGAUACCAUGACCAACCUAACAAAUUGCACGGGUGCCAUCAAUGGCACUUUACAAUGCUUGAAAUCUUUAGAUUGGGAAGUCUUGGCUGAAGCUGCUCUAACGGUUGCGGCAAGCCAUACUUGGAAUACUAGCAGUUACACCUGGGCACCAGUAAUUGACGGGAAGUUCUUGAAGAGAAGUUUGAGUGACGCAACGGUUAAUGCGAAGGGUGGCCAUGGUGGAAGGGGACAAAUUGCAAUUUCAGAGGGCUGGGGCAUGUAUAAUGCGCAUGAAGGCAAGUUAGAUCUUUCUUGGGUUUGAAAGGUGAAAGUCGAUAUAUUGUGUGAAGGUUCGAUGAAUUGGAUAGCGCAAGCUUUCCCUUUCGCCUUGGCUGAACACUGACUUAUGUCUGAUGUCUCUCAAUCUUGUCCGAGUUUCGGACAUUGAUGAGAUGUGAAAGACAGAAUAUCAUUCCGGAAUCUCAUAUGAAACAUCAUGCAUAUGCCUUACCACGCUCAUCCGAAUUGUCUCUUUUGAUCUCCUAAGCCCAAAACUAACAUUCUCUAACCAGGCGAAAACUUCGUUCCAAGCGGCCUCCAAAACGCCACAGAUACCGGCACACCACCCUUCAACUCCACAACCGCCUCUUUCAACGCAUGGCUAGCAGGAUUCCUCCCCUCAUUUUCCAAAUCUCAACUCGAUGCCGUGCGCGCCAUAUAUCCAGCUUCUGGCAGCGCCGAGACAUUCCCAAGUUACAACACUAGUUAUGUUAGAGCUGGUCUUAUAUAUCGGGAUUCGGUAUUGGCGUGUCCGGCGUUGUGGAUGAGUAGGGCGGCUAGUGGGAGUGGCUGGUUGGGUCAAUAUACUAUUUCUCCUGCUAGACAUGGGAGUGAUACUAUUUAUGUAUGUUUUUCUUUUAUUUUCUAUCCUUCUCCUUUUCUCCUUUUUUCAUUCUUUCAUCCUGCUCUCGUCUAUCUUCCCCAUAUAAAACUUAACCUAACUAAAAACCCCAAUCAGUGGAACCAAGUAAACGCAGUCCAAAAAUCUCAGCCACUCAUCUACCAAGGAUACGCAGGAGCAUUUGCCUCCUUCAUGGCAACGGGAAACCCUAACGAACAUAAAGUCACAAAUGCAACUGAGCCAGGUGUACCAAGGUUAGAUUCGGGAGAGGAAUUUGUUAUUGAGAGUGAUGGGUUUGAAAAUGUGAAGAUUAAUUCUGGACGACAGAGUUUGGAGGCCAGGUGUGGCUUUUGGGCCAGUGUUGCGAGGAGUAUACCUAUUUGAGGUGGAAGUGGGGGUUGGGAGGGCGGAUAUUUGCUGAGGUUGUGGAUGUAUUGGUAGGUUCUUCAUAGAUAGAUACUCCGUGGGCAGUCUUUGAAUAUUUGAGAAGUAUAGGUAUUUUUGCCAGCUUUUGGAUCUCUACUAUAUAUUGAUGGCAUUGAUUG